AUGAUUGAGGUAGUUGUGAAUGACCGAUUAGGCAAAAAAGUCAGAGUGAAGUGCCUUGCUGAAGAUAGUGUAGGUGAUUUCAAAAAAGUAUUGUCCUUGCAAAUUGGCACCCAACCAAACAAAAUUGUGUUGCAGAAGGGUGGAAGUGUUUUAAAAGACCAUAUCUCUCUGGAAGAUUAUGAGGUACAUGAUCAGACAAAUUUGGAGCUGUAUUACCUGUAG